UCUGGCUCUUCUUGGCAUACAUUAGGUUCUAAUGAUUAGGAGAUUGUACUGAAGCCUAUAGUGUAGAAAUGCAGUGAGAGUGAUGUUAUCUGUAGUUAAUACUUUCUCAUUACUCCACUCAGAUUAACGUGAGUUAGUUUCCAGCCAGGCUUCUGCAGGCUGACUGGAUCAUAUAAUCUCAUUGCACACUUCUGGCAUAUCUAGACUGAGAGAGAUGGAAGCAGACAGAAAAUCAGGGAAUGAAAGUGAGUGAGCUAGAGAGGGAAACUGAGAGAGACACAGCCUGGCCAUGUGAAUGCAUGGACAUUUUGUGGCCUCAUUUCGUGGCAUAGAGGAAUCGAUGACACUAUGGAUUGGUUGUGCUGUAUGUGGGCUGUUGGAUUACUGCAUGUGUUCUGCUGCAGCAGAUUUCUGCUGACUAAAAGUGCAAAGAAGACACGGGAUGAUCUAUGCACUUCAUUAACUGCCAGCACUGGAGUUAACAGAGACUGUGAUGUCCUCAACGCAAAAACCGCAGAUUCGAAUAUUAAGGAACGUGACAGGGACCUGACAAACUAUUCUUGAGUUGCAUUUGCCAUGGAUAUAUUCUACUACAAAUAUUUGAAGAUGAAACCUUAUGUCACCUCUCACUUUAGAAAUGUCCUUUUUCUUUAGAGUGUUAUACUUUCCAAUUUCAUCCUUGAAUACGUUCCUGUUCAAGUGGGCUUUUCAUGACUAGACACCGUUUUUAAAGAUUCUUUUUUCUAUCACGUUCAUUAAGCCUCGAAAUACAGGUUCCUCAAAGGAGGUGUAUGAAAAGGAACAUUUCACCAGUUUCAUGUGUUUUGUUGAUGACCAAACUGGACUUGGACUCUGAGGAAGAUCUCAAAGGAUCGCCUAGCUUUUUUAAGCUUUUGGAGAGAUCAAAGUGAACCAGCAAGUCAUAAUUCAUCUCACCCUAAACCUCUUACUACUGUAAUGUGUGCACUAUAAUAAUUCAGUUUUAGAACUUCAGUCAAGAGUUUUUCUAGACCAAAAUGUCCCUUUCUUUUGGAGAACUGGGCUCUUGGUAUGAGACUGGAAAAUCUGCUGAAACCAGAUUGGAGAUGGAAACAUGACUGUGACAGAAUGUCACUGUUUUAAUUGUUCUGAUGUCUAAUAUGAUUGAGAAAUGGAGUUGUUCUGUUCCAGAGUUAUAUUUGCUCAAUAUUGAAGGCAAAGAGGUCACAUUUGUGAAGUAUUAGGAAAUGUUGACUAGUUUUCAUAUUAAUUGCACGUCUCUCUUGUGUCUUUAAACUUCUCACCAUUUAAAUAAGGAAGGCUGAAGAGGUCCCAAAGGGAAAGAUUGGUCUGUAUAUGCACGCUGUUAUUUAUUACACACAUAAGUUCUAGACAGUUUAGUGCAUGUUCUUUUCAGUUUCCCUCUAUAUGUGAGGCUUGUUUAUGUUUUUCCUUCAUGUUAUGUAAGUUCAGUUUUCCUUCAUCCUUCUGCUCUGCCUGAGCUUCGCCUUGUUUGUUUGUGCCUUUUAGUUGCUCACUUUCUUAUGAAGCUGCUAUAUGUUACGCAUAGAACUAAAGCAGCACCUUUUUCCUUUGUCUAGUCUCUGUCCAACACCUAACCUUAGAAAACUACUGCUAAAGCUGAGAAACUGCAUUGAAACUGGAUUUUUUUCUUUAUUUACUGCAUCUAACAACUUUGGAACUUUGCGUUCAGUAAAAUCGUCCAGGAAUACUGGUUUAUUACUAGCAGACAGUGGACGGAACACCCAAGUGGAGACUCUUUGAUGAUGUCAGAGAUGAUCUCUAAUGCGAUUGUGUUCCGUCUCUGGGCAACGAUUGGCUGCCGGGAUCUGAAUGAUAAUACGGACUCUUUCAGGCCAUAAGCCUCACUGUGGAAUACAGUCUACAAUUCAUAGUUUGGAUAUAUAUCAUUGCGUCCAUAUUUUGACCCUGGAUUUAUCUGGCAAAGCUUCAUUUUUUCUGAACAUUUUGUAGCCACCUUGCGGUCACCAAUAAUGGGGGCUGCUCGGGUAAAGAGGCGCUUCAGUGCGGUUGUGGACACCCCGCUGGAUGAGGAGGAAGUCAUGAGGCUGGCACAGAGUGAUGAUGUCACUUCCUCCCAGUCGGGCACACUUCUGUCGCCCAACUGUAACGGCAAAUUGCUGAACUAUCACCAUAGCAAUGGAGGAAGGAGUGGAGAGAGGGAUGAGGAUGAUGAUGAUGCAGAGGAUGACGAUGAUGAUGAUGAAGAAGGGGGAGGGAGGAGGGGAGGAGGAGGAGGAGGGCAUGGCUCGGCGCUCAGGGGGGAGUCUGGGGCAGAAGGGAGGUGGGAGAGGAGCAAGAAAAAGUCCUCGUCUUCCCUCUCGCCCUUGCCGCCCCACGAACGUCGAGGCCAGUCCCGCCGGCCCCGACGGCGCUUUGUAGGCAAGGACGGGCGCUGCAACGUCACCUUCGUCAACAUGAGCGAAAGGGGCCAGCGCUACCUCACCGACCUCUUCACCACCUGCGUGGACAUCCGCUGGCGCUGGAUGCUUGUGGUGUUCACCCUUUCCUUCUUGCUCUCCUGGCUUCUCUUUGGUUUCAUGUUCUGGCUCAUCGCCGCCGCUCACGGGGAUCUGGUGCCCCCGGCAUCAUCUUCCUCAUCUUCUCCUUCAUCUGUUUCCUCCUCGCUGGCUCCUCUGGAACCCGCAGACGAUUCCAGUCGAGCGGAGACGGUGACAGAGACAGAGGAACGCUGCUUUCAGCAGGUGAACAGUUUCAUGGCGGCGUUCCUCUUCUCUCUGGAGACGCAGACGUCUAUAGGAUACGGCUUCCGGAGCGUUACCGAGGCCUGCCCCCUGGCGGUGCUGGCUGUCGUGUUGCAGUGCAUUGUGGGCUGCAUCAUCGACGCUUUCAUCAUUGGGGCGGUAAUGGCUAAGAUUGCCAAGCCCAAGAAGCGCAAUGAAACACUGGUGUUCUCGGAAGUGGCCGUAGUGGCCAUGAGGGACGGGAAACUCUGCAUGAUGUGGCGAGUGGGAAACUUGCGCAAGAGCCACCUGGUGGAGGCCCAUGUACGAGCACAGAUACUGAAGCCACGGGUGACCCCUGAGGGUGAGUUCCUGCCAUUGGACAAUGCAGACCUCAAUGUCGGCUUUGACACAGGAACAGAUCGCAUCUUUUUGGUGUCACCUGUGACAAUUGUGCAUGAAAUUAAUGAGGAGAGCCCUUUCUUUGAGAUGGACAAACAUACACUAGAGGAAGACAAAGAUAUGGAAGUGGUGGUGAUCCUGGAGGGCAUGGUGGAGGCCACUGCCAUGACAACCCAAUGUAGGUCUUCAUACCUGGCCUCUGAGAUCCUCUGGGGUCACCGCUUUGAACCUGUGCUCUAUGAAAGGAAGAACUGCUACCAGGUGGACUACUCAUACUUCAACAGGACUUACGAGGUCCCGGACACACCCACCUGCAGCGCUAAAGAGUUAGCCGAGAAAAAGUACAUCUUGGGCUCCCGUUCCUCCUUCUGUUACGAGAACGAGGUGGCUCUGCAGCUCUCCCCCUCUGUCCCUUCCUGCCCUGACCAGUUCUCUCCAUCCCACUGUGCAUCCCCUUCUCUCGUUCGGCCCGCACCACCAUCUCGACAAGACUCCUGCAGUGAGCACCCACACAUACACUGAGCCAUGUGGCUGGGAUGAAAGGGCACAGGGGAAAGCAGCGGUCAAAUAAAGAAAGGGAGAUAGAUAGAGAAAGAAAGGGAAAGGGUCAGGAUGGAGGGAGGAGUUGGAACCAGGGGUCGGGAGAAAGAGAGAGAACCAGCUAAUGGACAAAGGGCUGGAGAGACAGACUUGGACAGGGGACUUAGGCAAAGAGGACCGUAAAGGGACAAUGUAGGACUGAUUAAUUACAUUAGGUCAUGCAUAGGAUGGGCUGAGAGAAGACAGAAUGCACAAAAGAUGGAGAAUAGAAGAGGGAAAGGGGCCCCUGACCGCCUGGGAGAAGAGAACGAAAGAGCAAGAUAGCAAGACAGUGGGGUGAAUUCAGUAAUCGGUUGCACUAGUGCAGUAUUUCUGCAUGUGUCUUCUUCACUAACCCCUGUAAUCCUGCUUUAUCAGAUGCUAUCAAAGUAUCUUUCAAAGCAAGUCAAUUCAGGCGGCUCUCUUGGAAACACAGCUAUUUUAGUCAUACAUAGGUCCUAUCAAAUUAGGUAGGGGAACACUGAAGUCUCAUAAUUCAAUUUAAAAUCAGCAAUAUAUUCUGACAUGAAUAAUAAAAAAGGCCAACCUUGAAAUUAGCAUCACCCUGGUUCCCUCGAAAAAAGCCAACAGAAUUUUCCAUUAUUUCAGAAAAUAAGUUCUGUGACCAACAAAAGUUCAUGAUUCUUACGUUUUGUUCACCAUACAAAUCUUCACAAAUGAAAACAACUAUGAAUACCCACAACUAUGAAUUUUGAAGCCUAAAUACAAUCGCCAGAGGUAAAAAGCUAAACAUAGUCUAUAAACGAACUACACCACGGUCGUAUGACUUCAAUGUCACAACCAACUCUUUCAUUCUUCAUUUAAAAUGUAGAAAGUUAGAAAGUGUGAGAAUAGUUCGCAAGACAGCAAAUCUGACCCUGCAUAGACAGCAAUGCAGCUGCCACAUUCAUUGUUAAAUAAAGUCAUUAUUUUUGUUUCCUUUGUGCACAAAAAGUAUUCUCGUAGCUUCAUAAAAUUAAGGUUACAUUAACUAUUUUAUCGAUGUUCUUACUACCUUUCUAGGCCUUGAACAUAGUGUUGUCAAAUGUACCAACUUUGGUACCAGUCUGUAUUGAAAUUUUAAAAACGUCCACACGGGAGUGUUUAAAAUCUGUCAGAUGCCUGCUUUUAAAUUCUCCCGUGUGCUUCUGUGUGAGCGAUCGGUGAAGAGCGUGAAGCGAUGAUCAUUGUAGCCAAUCACAGUCAUAUCUGUUGAGCGCAUGAACACAUUGGCCAAACAGCAGUGUUUAAGAAUCAACUCAACAGCACUCAAAUGUUAGCGGGAAAUUGACGUUUUUAAAAUUUCAAUACCAACUGAUACCGAAGUCGGUACUUUUGACAACACUUGAACCUGUCAGUUGCAUUGCUGUCUAAGAAGGGUCAGAAAGCUUUCAGAUUUAAAAAAAAAAAUGUUUUUGGCAUGCAGAUCUUUAUAUACUAGUGCCGCCAUCUUGGGCAUUUCAACAUUCUCUUAUUCACUGUAAUACAAGUGGCCUGUCUCUGUUGCAAUCUUAACUGGUUUAGCAGUGCACCGUAUUUAAAUGGACUCAAUGACACUUCAUUCAUUUUUAAUGAAUUCCCCCUGAAAAGUAGGAGCUUUGUUGGGAAAGAGCUUUCAGGUAGGUUUCAGAAAGGACGAAGGUAAUGUUUAAGUCAGAGUGCAGAGGAACGUAGUAACACAGGAGAUUCAGGUCAAUCACACUGAAAAGAGGUCAAAGACUUAAUGACCAAAAACAAAUCAAACUGCGGAGUGAAGUGAAAGAGUGGAGGAAUAUAGAGGGAUUGAUGGAGAAGGUGAUUUUGACAUGAGGAGAGCUGCAACACCGACCCAGUGGGCUGACUGAACCUGGCGAUCUUUCAGAAUCAACACGAGCUGCGGUGGCUCCAGCAUGUGUACCUGAUAAAGACACAACAGUGGCCCCUAGGGGCCGCAACCAGUAUGAGCGAUUUUACAAUUCAGAAAUUGGAAAGAAAUACCUAUUGCACAUAACUUCUUAUGACAAUAUCAUACACGAGUAAGAAAUAGAAAAAAAAAAGUCCUCUCUCAAAAAUCGAAUUACUUGUUGCAAGAACUUUUGUGUCUUAUUGAAUGUCGGAAUGCUUGCUAGAGUCACUGCAAAAUAGGAAACUACUGAAAAUCUGCAGCAUUUUCAAGUGGUUUCUCUUAUGUACUGUAUAUUAUUUAUUUUUUUGUAUUUAUUCAAGUGAAUGCAUUUUUGUAUCAUGACACACAUAGAAGAUUAUGUGAAGCACUUUCAGAGUAAUUUGUAAUAAUGUAACAUAUUUGUCACAGUUGCACAGACCAAAAAAGAAUUAGCUAAUUGUAUGUAUGGGUAUAUUUAUAUUUAUAUUAUAUAUUUACUCUUUGGACAGCACAUGAAUCUGUCAUCAGCCACUGUUUGGAUUGUUGACUUGAAUUUUUUCUCUCUCAGUGUUUCAUAACUGUGUAGUAGUAACUAUGGUAAAUUUAGUAACUAAGGUAAAUGAAUUAUUACGGUCUGUAGUAUUGUUAUGUAAUGACUGGGGCAUUUUUCGUUUUUUCUGUCUUCCAUUCAUUCUUAAACAACCACACAAACAUUCUGACCUAAAGUAUGUUGCUGGACAGGUUUUUUCUUGUGUGUUUUUGUAAUUAGUUUGCCGGCGGUGUGCCUUUGAAAGUGAGCCUGCUUGUUUUGAGGUUUUAGGGAGUAAUGGAGAAAUGUAGGUUGUAUUAUGCGGAUGUUACAGGCACAGAUGGAACCUGUAGACAUUUUCCACAUUUUCCAUGCUGAUCUUUUGAGAAAAAUCUAUUUAAGUCUAUAUAUGAAUAUGGUAAAAUGUGUUAAAUAGAGCUGAGACACUUGCCAAGUUUUUGUCCAAGUAUUUUUUCUAAAAAAGAUUUAACGAUAAUUCAAAUGAGGAAAAAAGCAAACAUCGAAUCAAUGUCUCUUUGCAUAACUGACAAAUUAUUAUAAUUAGUUUUUAUUUAUUUAUUUUACUUAUGCAACUGUUUCAUCAUCAGUAAAAGGCCAACUGGAAGGAAACAGGCAAAAUUUUUAAUGCAUUUUAACAAUAAACAGCACAAAAAGUGGAAAAAAACUUGGCUAUCGGUAGCUGCAUGCAUAAUCAUAUUACACAAAAUAUGUAUUAAACUAAUAUGCAAAAGUUAGGAGUUGUAGAACAUGUUUUUAAAUGUUUUUGUCUCUUAUAGUCAGCAAGGCUGCAUUUAUUUGACUAAAAAUACAGUAAAAACAGUAAUAUAUUAUUACAAUAUAAAAUAACUGUUUUCUAUUUGAAUAUAUUUUUAAAAAAAUAUUGGUCUGAUAUACCAAGAUUUCUUUUUUUUCAAGAAAUCAUUCUAAUAUGCUGAUUUGAUGUAAUAUCUCUUAUUAUCAUCACAGUGGAAAACAGUCGUGCUGCUCAAUAUUUUUAUAUUAUAUAUUUCCCCUCGGAUUUCUUUGAAUAAUAAUAAAGUUCAAAAGAGCAACAUUUAAUUUAAAUAUAAAUAUUUUGUAACACUGUAAAUGUCUUUACUGUUUACUGUCAAUUUUAUACAUCCUUGCUGAAUAAACUAUUAAUUGCUGCCCCCAAACUUUUGAACAGUAAUGUACAUUAUACCUAUGCUUUAAUAUAUGAUUGCACAGCAUUACUAUCACAGACAGUUUUGUGGAUAUUUGGCCAAAUGAAGUCAUACAAAUGCACAUUCAUAGUCUAAUAAUGCGCAACAAUAAAUUGUCUCUGUCUCUCAAGUUGUGUCUCUCCACUGGUGUAGUUUUAGGUGUGGACUAAAACAUACUGAACCCUAUCGCAGGUUAAACUUAGGGCUAUGUACAGUUGUUAUAUUAGGAGAAUCUUAGACAUCUAGCCCUCUAUUUGAAUAGAAUAUGUAUCCACUUUUUUGCUAUUGUCAUUUAUUUUUAAUUUUUCUGCAUGUAAGCUUGCUUGUUUAUCAUUAGUCUUCAUAACCACAAAAUUCUUUUAAUAGGCCUGUGUGAGUACUGUUGUUAGUGUGUGUGUGUGUGUGUGUGUGUGUGUGUGUGUGUGUGUGUGUGUGUGUGUGUGUGUGUGUGUGUCCGGUUACCCUAGUUUGACAUCUAACUGGACCUAUUACUUGCAUUUUUGUUUUAUACAUUUAUAAAUAAGAAAAUCCAUCACCCUGAUGAAUUAUCAGAUGCUUUUAUCACUCCAUCAUUCAGUAAUGCCUGAGUUCACCAUGGCAUCUGGUGGCUCAUGUUCUAUUUUUAUUUAUUUUGUAAAUGCAGUUAUGUUAUUGGUCAAUCAGUGUCCAGGCCUCUGCUGUUCCUUUGAUACCAUUCACAUUGCUACUUUGUAAGACAGAAUGUGCUUCAUGGACAUGUGUAGAAUUAAAAAAAACAUGCUUUCUUGA